AUGGUUAGACCUUCAUCCACCGCAUCUGCGGCUGCGCAACAGCUCGGCGAGCCGCUGACCUCCUCAUGUAGGGCCAUCUCGAACCCGUACAAGUUCUCGAUGCUGCGCUUGCUUGAGUGCGUGGGUCUGCAGCACUAUGGUACCUCACGCGCCACGAUGCCGUCUCGCACCAGCGAGGAGGCGGCUCGCAUUGCUCAGCACUUGAGCAAGGUGAAGGAGGAGGUGGCUCGUCACCUGGAGAGUGUGCGGCGCCGCAACAUACACAUCAACAAGCGCAAGCCGACCAUUGCGGCGGUACAGGCGAUGCAGUGGGCCGCGACCACCUCCCGUCCAGUAGAGUCUGAUGAUGGCCACAUUACUAUCAGCGAUGAUUCAGCGGUUGGCACCAGCGGCCGGCCCGCAGAACUGCCCACAAUCUACCUCUCUCUUGAGGAAUCGGUGGAGUGGAAGGCGUUUCUUGCCAGUGCGAAGCCUGAGAAGCGUCAUGCCAUGACGGUGCUGCGACGACUCUCUGUCGCGCUUUGGCGCGCCCAUCAGCGCGAUCUUUGUUUGUGGUGCUGGUUUCCUCGCAGCGUGUGCAUGUGCACCGAGCUCGACGCAUACCGUGCCACACUGCCUGCCGAUGUGCUAGACCAGCAUGUGGAGGUGACUAUGCUGCUGCACAGCGAGGAGUUAAUGCGCAGCACGAACUCAGGCCAUAUUGCUGCCUACCUCCUGGGCGCGCCCUUGCGCGUCUGGGGGCUCGCCAACGACGAUGCAUACCUGCAACAGCUUGCGCCAGUGGAACACCGUCAGGCAGCGUGCGCAGCCGAGGAGCCAGCGAGCGUCUAUCACGUCUCGCUGUACCCGUCUUCGGACGCCAUCGCCAUCUAUGACUACAUCCGCGAAAAGCAUCUCUACCGUUCCCAGCUGGAUGACGGAUGCGGUGAGAGGAGGAGAAGGGAUGACGGCUGCACUCCUAAAGGAGAGGUCGACAGCAAUGGUGGUGAUGGUGUCAACAUGGCUUACACGUUUCCACGCGCAACUGCUCCAGCAACGGAGAACAGCAGCGAGGGUACGGCAGUGCACCCCGUGUCACCGCUAGCCGAUGCAGGGAGCCGUUCACAUUUGCAACGUAAGGUGCACCUCAUCCUUCUCGACAGCACGUGGGGCCAGGCGCUCUCGCUGAACCGCCACAUCACUCGUUUGAUUCCUCGCGUUUCACUCGAGAUUGCCGAGGACUACGAGUCCCUCUUUCAGGCGCUGCGCAAGCGCACCCGCGAGAACUGUGUCAGCACGUUGGAGGCAACCAGCAUGGCAGUGGAGCAGUGUCUGCGGGCCAUGGGCUACGCCGCCGAGGCUGCAUUCACCUCGAAGACGCUCGCGGACGCCAUGAAGAAGUUUGUAGACUCCCGAUGUCUUCUCAAGUACGUUGAUGCGCAGUUCACAACUAACAGCGGAGCCCUUGACGAGCUCCGUAGCCGGCGCGACGCUGCGCGUCGCAAGGAUGCCUCCCAUCGUCAGGAAGUUCUUGCUGUCCAGAUGCAGUCGGACGAGGCUACCCGCCGCCUGCGGCUCCCGCCAGUUUUGAACUACUGCUACUACUGCGACUGCGUGAUUGGGUGGCAUCGCAUGGCUGAGCACGUGAUGGGCCGCAGCCAUCGCACGGCGGUAGAGCGCAACCCCUCGUGCGCACCUUCUGCUGUGUCGCGGACUGUCGUGGUGCCCGACUUCUCGCGUCCGCGGCGCCUCAUGGGGAAAAAGGAAAGGACUGUAACCGGGCCUCUAUCCAGUAAUGCGGAAGCAGCAAGGGAGCACCUGGCGGGCGUGCUCACUCAGCAAGCAGGCUCUGGCUAA